AUGCCCUCAUACUUCUACCACAUAACGCUUGAGCUUCUAACCUCCUCAUCAAACAUCGCACACGAUCUCUACGACGACGGCAACGACAACCUCUCUCGUUUGCGAUCGGACCGUUCACUCGCCAACGAAGCUGUGCGCGAAGCUUUCCUCCCUUUCCAGCGACAUUCCAGCAAAAAGACGUCCGUAAUCGCGCAUCGACAGCACCGUUCUGUUGGGUCACAAUCGGGGGUGGGAAGCGGAUUUAAUAAUCUUAGCGGGGUUGUUCACGACGGCCAUUACCGCCCAGCCAGUUUCGAUGCGAAGUUAUCUUCUCUAUCGUUACAGGACCAUACUUCUUCAGCGGAUAUAGCUAUCCAGUCAGAUCUCAGAUUUAGUCAAAUAUUCAUCCAGGGCGUCGAUAUGGUUGCUCCCGCGCACAACCGCCACCGCAGACCGUCCGCCGAUACCAAAAGCGACGAUCGAGAUACAAUCACAACGGGCAUAGGGACGGAUAUUCUAGGCGGCCUUCAUACGCGCGGCAAAUAUGUUCCCCUCGAUCAGACACUGGCCGAUAGCGUGUAUGGUAUUGUUCAUCUCUACAGAGAUGCGAAGGAGACCCCGUCAUUGAUCAUUGAUGAUCAUCCGUUGUAUCUCAAAGGAUCUUCAGCCGCUGCUCGACGACCACCGAAUGACUCGCCGCAUACUGCGAGCAGUGGGAUGGUGCACAGGACUCAAUUGGGGAGCGCACAUGGCAGUAGUCGUAGUCGUAGUCAUGGUUUGAAUGAUCAUGACUCGGCGGAGUAUAACUCCUCGUCAUCUCCUUUACAGGUGUACUCGCCGAACGACGAGGAUUGUUCGAUAUUGUGCAUCCUUGCUGUACCGUCGUACCUCUCUCCGGCAGACUUUUUGGGCUUUGUGGGUGAGGAUACGAGAGAUGAAGUCAGUCAUUUUCGCAUGAUCAAGACUGCGAGAGCGAAUCGGUAUAUGGUUUUGAUGAAGUUCCGGAGUGGGAAGAAGGCGCGUGAAUGGCAAAGGGAAUGGAAUGGGAAGGUAUUCAAUAGCAUGGAGCCUGAGACGUGCCACGUCGUCUUUGUCAAGUCAGUGGAGAUUGAAACUGCGAAGCAGCAUGAGAUGAGCGAUGCUUCUUUCUUCGCCCGGAAUUUCGUCUGCGUCGCUAUCCGCAAAACCCUUGGCUCCUCCAACUCCUUCUCUAGUCGAACUGCCCACUUGCCCAGUCUGUCUCGAGCGCAUGGACGAGACUACCGAAAUGGAAAGGUAGCGGAUGCCCCGUAUGCAGAUAUACACUCGACGACUUUGGGCGGCGAAGUCAAGUCGGAUUUUUCGACGAAGGCAGCUCAGGCGAAUGCAGCUGUUGGCUGCGGACGUUACGAUGAGGCACACGCCUUUGCACAUUUUAAAGAGACCUCGCACGCGUUCGCCAUGGAUCUUUCCACCCAACGCGUAUGGGACUACGUAAGCGAUGCGUACGUCCAUCGUAUCAUCCAAAGCAAAACAGACGGCAAACUCGUCGAGCUACCUGCAGCAGACAAUUCCGCCCUCGACCCACCAGACUGGACGGACGCAGUGCCCCGCGAAAAACUCGAAAACAUGAGCGUCGAAUACACACACCUACUCACCAGCCAACUCGAGUCUCAGCGAGCCUAUUUCGAAGAAAUCGUCGAACGCGCUGCCGAUAAGGCCUCCAAGGCAAGCGCGGCGGCAUCCGCAGCCCUCGAAGCAGCCGAAAACGCAACUAAACAACUUUCAGAGCUGCAACAACGCUACAACGCCUUGGCGAAGGAUAACGUACCCGGUCUAGAGAAGGAGAAAGAUCGCGCCGAGCGCCGAGCCGAGAAAUUCGAGACCAUGGCCCGCAAACUCGAGAAAGAGUGGCGAGAAGAGAAAGCCAUGAACGAGAACCUGGUCAAGCGCGUGGAACUGUUGACCGAAGAAGUCGCUAAAUUGAAGGCAGAGAAUGCGGAUUUGAGUGAACAGAAUCGCGAUCUGACUUUUUUUAUUAGUGGCUCGGAGAAGUUGAAGGAGAUUGGCGCUGCGGGCGAUGAGGAUAUUGUGGAGGGGACAGUUAGUAUUCCGGAGCAGCAGUCUUCAAAGAGAAAGGGGAAGGGACGGCGGAGAUAA